UGCAGCGGGAGCCCAGCGGCACUGCCGGGGUAGACAACCUUCUGUCUGGGGACCCGACACCACCUGGAGCACGUGAGGUGAAGAAAAAAAAAAUGUCUCAAAAGCAGAUGAAGGAAGCUUUUGUCAGUAACCUCAAUGGAACCAGCGUGCUGGAAAUCACCCAGGGCUUGUGCUUUCCUGCAUUCUGUAUCCUGUGCAGAGGGUUCCUGAUAAUUGUCUCACAGCACUCAUGUUCUUUUUCACAUACCUGGAAAACUAGAUUCUUCAUUGACUUUGUUGUCCUAAUACUUCCCAUGGUGGCCACCUUGACCUUUUUGGCUUCAUUUCUCCUCCUUGAGUUUCUCACUGUGAUUAUCUUUGGGGCAGGGCUGUUGUAUCAAAUAUACAGAAGGAGGACUUGCUAUGCCAGAGUGCCUAUCCAGAAAAUCCUUGAAAAAUUCCUCACAAUCAGUGUAGAAUCAGAAUACGUUCCAACCAUCUCCUGUUUCCGUGUAAUUACCAGUGUGUUUACUGCUAUUGCUAUUUUGGCUGUGGACUUCCCAAUUUUUCCCAGAAGAUUUGCCAAAACUGAGCUCUAUGGGACAGGAGCAAUGGAUUUUGGAGUAGGUGGCUUUGUUUUUGGGACUGCAAUGGUUUGUAUAGAGAUCAGGGGGAAAGACUAUAUCAAAGGGUCCAGAUUUUAUUAUUUUACAAAGUCAUUGCACGCUGUUUGGCCAUUAGUCUUCCUAGGAAUCGGACGAUUAGUUAUUAUAAAAUCCAUAGGCUAUCAGGAACAUAUAACCGAGUAUGGAGUUCAUUGGAACUUUUUCUUUACCAUGAUAGUUGUGAGAAUGAUAACAUUACUGCUGCUGAUUAUUUUUCCUCUAAAUAAGUCCUGGAUUAUGGCCCUCAGCAUUAGUAUAUUAUACCAGCUAGCCCUUGACUUUACCCCACUGAAGAGGUUAAUUUUGUAUGGCACUGAUGGCAGUGGCACAAGGGUUGGUCUAUUAAAUGCCAAUCGAGAAGGACUAAUCUCUUCCUUGGGAUAUGUGGCAAUAUACAUGGCUGGUGUGCAAACAGGGUUAUAUGUGCUUAAGAACAGAUCACAUAUCAAAGACUUGAUAAAAGUAGCAUGUUGUCUUCUACUGGCAGCUAUUAGCCUCUUCAUAUCUCUUUACAUAGUUCAAGUAAAUGUAGAAGCAGUAUCUCGAAGAAUGGCCAAUUUAGCCUUUUGUAUUUGGAUAGUUGCUUCUAGCCUGAUCCUUCUUAGUACUUUAUUACUGGGCGAUAUAAUUUUGAGUUUUGCCAAAUUUCUAAUUAAAGGAGCUCUAGUACCAUGUUCUUGGAAACUUAUCCCGUCACCUGUUACAAAUAAAAAAUAUUCAGAAUCUCUAGUCCCUGAAGCUGAAAGACAGGAACCCAGUGUUUGUUUAAUCAUAGCUCUAAAUAGAAAACAGUUAAUUUUUUUCUUGCUGUCAAAUAUAACAACUGGUCUGAUCAACCUGAUGGUAGAUACAUUACACAGCAGUACCUUAUGGGCCCUAUUUGUGCUCAGUCUCUAUAUGUUUACCAACUGUUUAAUUACGUAUGUACUGUAUUUGCAAGAUAAGACUAUAAAAUUUCGAUGAUCAACGGG